AUGGAGGGCGAAACCAAAACCGAGCUUGUUUUCAUUCCUUACCCAGGCAGGGGACACCUUAUGUCAACCCUCGAGCUGGUGAAGCUUCUAAUCGGCCGAGACCAACGCCUCUCGGCCACCGUCCUCGUUAUCAAGCCACCUUUCGACCCGAAAACCGGAUCCCAAACUCUCGAGUCCGGCCCCAGGAUCCGCUUCGUCAACAUCCCGCCGGCCGAGCCCCAAUCAAGUCCUUAUCACCCUUCCAAAUUCAUCGAGAGCCACAAGGAUCAUGUCCAAAACGAGGCCGCCAAACUGUUCGGGGGCCCGGGCCUGAACACUCGGCUUGCGGGCUUCGUCGUCGACAUUUUCUGCACGAGCAUGGCCGACGUGGCCCGCGGGCUCGGUGUCCCGACCUACGUGUUCUUCACGUCCGGGGCCGCGGUCCUCGGGCACAUCAUGCAUUUCCAGGGCCUCGUCGACAACGAGAAUCGAGACCUAGCCGAGUACGUGAACUCGAGAGACGAGAUCCCGUGCCCGUCUUAUGAGCUCCCCAUCCCGACCGAGCUGCUGCCGCCCUUUAUGCUCGGGAAAGACGGCGGCCCCUUCGUGGACAUUGUCCGGCGGGCGAGGCAGGCUAGGGGCAUAAUCGUCAACACGUUCCGCGCGCUUGAGCCGAAGGCGUUGGACUACCUCUCGGGCGAUGCGCGGGCCCCGCAGGUCUACCCGGUCGGCCCGUUGCUCCACAUCGAAGGCCGGGAGGUCCCGAAGCACGAUGAGGUCAUGGAGUGGCUCGACCGGCAGCCAGACUCGUCGGUGGUGUUCCUCUGUUUCGGGAGCAUGAGAAGCUUCGACGGGGUGCAGGCAGGGGAGAUCGCUCGGGCCCUGGAGAACGGCGGGUGGCGUUUUUUGUGGUCGCUAAGGAAGCCGCCUCCAGUUGUCGUAGGGCCCGGCCCUGGUACGCCUACCGAGUACGAGGAUUUCAAUGAGGUCCUUCCGGAAGGUUUCGUCGGGAGGACAGAAGGGUUUGGGAGGGUGAUCGGGUGGGCCCCGCAGGCGGAGGUGCUGGCCCACCGGACGGUGGGGGGUUUUGUGUCGCAUUGCGGGUGGAACUCCACGCUCGAAAGCGUAUGGGGAGGCGUGCCGAUGGCGGCGUGGCCAAUGUAUGCCGAGCAGCCGCUGAACGGGUUCCAGCUGGCGAGGGAUUUGGGGGUGGCAGUGGAGGUGAAUUUGGGGUACCGGAAGGGGGCUAAUAUGGUGGUGGGGGCGGAGGAGAUAGGAAGGGCGAUCGCUAGAAUGAUGGAGGCCGGCGGCCGCGAAGUAGUUAGGGUUAGGAUGGAGAAGUUGGGAGUCGAGGGCCGGGCGGCCGUGGCAGAGGGCGGGUCGUCGUUUGAGGCGGUCGGGAAGUUUAUUAAGGAUGUCAUGGAUGAUGUUGCUUCCAGGAAUUUUGAAAAUGGUAUCAAAUGUCUUUUAUAA